GCGGAUGCGUGCGACGGGACGGUCUCGCGUCCCGCUGUAACUGCUCCCAGUCUGUCUCCCUCACUGAAACGGAAGGUUGACUACAAACACAACAAUGGGAGGAUUUAACGCGUAGCGGCCCCUGCUCCAUUUUAUUUAAAAUUUAAAGCGUCGUGUUUGGGUUUAUUCCCCGCGAAAAUGGCGACGGGGGCAGGCUGGCAGCCUCCGUACAACAUCUCGACUAGCAACACCAAAUAUACCCCCUCACCAACGUCCAGCAUGUUUUACGACGGGAGUUUGGCGCUGGAAUACAGUCAAGACCUGCAUUUGAAGAUGAGCAAGAAGAUAGCACAACUCACCAAGGUAAUUUAUGCUCUCAACACCAAGAACGACGAACAUGAAGAAGAAAUUGAGUCUCUGAAAGACGCCCACCAGGACGAGGUCCAACACAUUGUGACAGAAACCAGAGACAAGAUCAUGCAGUACAAGAGUAAGAUGGCGGACGAGGCAGACCUGAGGCGGCGGCUGGCCAGUCUGGAAGAAUCUGUCGAACUCCACGAACACAUGAAGAGACAGGCUUUAGCAGAGUUUGAGAUGUACAGACAGAGAAUGGAGGAUUCCCAGCUCUGUACCGAGGCCCAACACACACAGAGAGUGGUUUCUAUGAGCAGAGAGGUGGAGGAGAUGCGUCGGGAUUUUGAGGAGAAGCUGCGGGCGUUCAGCCAGGCUCAGGCCCAGUUUGAGGCGGAUAAACGGCGAGCGCUGGAAGAGCUGAGGGCCACCCACCGCCAAGAGGUGGAGGAACUUCUCAACAACCAGCAGAACCAGAGCGCCACCUCCACCGAAGACCAGGAGAAACUGGCUGAGCUCCAUAGACAAGAGGUGGAGGCAUUGAUGGAGAGGGUGGAGGAGCUAACGAAGGAUAAGGUCCGUCUGGUGGAGGAGUAUGAGGCCAAGCUGGGCAAAGCUCAGGAGUAUUAUGAGAGGGAGCUGGAGGCCAUGAGGAGAACACACCAGCUCACCACUGAGAACCUGCUGGCCUGGAAAAGAACCGAAGUUGAGCUUCGUAAAGAGUUCCAGGCUCAGGAAGCAGCGCUGCAGCGCUCGCUGUCCAAGCUGAGGAGUGAGGUUCAGAAAGCACAGGAGGAGGCCAGAGAGAACCGAGACAAGACCAACAGACUGCAGACAUCGCUGGCCAACGCAGAGGGAACUAUCAAGAAUCUGCACAAGCAGCUGGAAGAAGCCAUCCAGGACGGAGAGAUCUGGGUGAUGCAACUGAAGGACACGGAGUAUGAACUAGAUGGCAGCAGGGAACGAGUUCAACAACAGGCAACUGAAAUCCUCCAUAAAGCCAGUCAGAUUGGCUCCCUGCAGGCCACCCAGAUGGCCCACGAGGCGACCAUAAGGAACCUGGAUCAGGAGCAGAGCCGGUUAAAGGAGAAGAUCAGCAGGCUGGAGGAGGAGAGGGAGGCUCUGCUCAAUCAGAGCCAGGCUGCCAACGAACAGCACAAACAACAAGUGCUCAAACUAGAACAGUCUCUGCGUGAGGAGCACCAGGGUUAUGAGAAGGAGCUCUCCAGGCUGAGAGCACACUAUGAGGAGGAGACACUUCGCUUCAGGGAGGCGCAGGUCAGAGCGCUGGAGGAAAUGGAGGAGAAACACCAGGCCAUGAGGGAGGAGGCGCAGCAGGAGAAAGAGGAAGAGAAGAAACUCCUCAUGACGAAAAUGAGUCAGGAGUUUGAGAUUAAGCGUCUGUCACUGGAGGAGCAGCGAGACCGCCUUCAGCAGCAACUUGACAACUUGAAAGAGGAGCUCUCGGCCAAGCUCAAUAUGGCCAAUCAGGAGGUGUCCCACCUCCAGGAGUUGGUGAGGGAGGGGGAGCAGAACCUGGGUUCAGCUCAGACACAGAUCAGCUGUCUGAAGGAAACUCAGGAGAAACUCAAGAUAGAACUAGACGCAACUAGAUCCCGGGUCCGAGAAACCAGCAACCUGCUAACUGACCUACAGGAGGAGAUAGAGACCCAGAGACAGCAGCAUGAUGCCCGAGUAAUGUCCAUCAGAACAGAAGAGAAACAGAAGAUGGACAAGAUGGCAGAUGACCUGGACCAGAAAUGGAGAGAUGCACUGCGGGAAGAGGUGCGUUUGUUGAAGGAGGAGUUGAACGAGGAGUACGAAGCAGACAAACAGGCAACACUGACUCAGCUCAACCAGCAGAAAGAACUGGAGAUCAUGGCAGCAAGAGAGGGCUGGCAGAGGAAGGUGGAAGACCUGCUGGAACAGAUCUCUCUUUUGAAACAAUCCCUGGAGCUGCAGUUGUCACAGUCCCAGUCAGCUCUCCAGCAGCUGCAGUCUCAGUUCAACCAGGAGAGGGAGCUGCUGAGCCAACAGCUGAAAGAGAUGCAAAGAGAACAUCAGAGGAGAGAGCAUCGAUUACAGGAGGCUCACUGCUGUGCCCUGGGAACCAUGGAGGAUGCCAGACAACACCAGAUAAGGGCCCUGGAGGAGCGUCUGAAGCAGGAGCAGAGGGAGGAGGUUCAUGCUCUGAAGGAGGCCCACAGGAGGACCUUAGACAUCCUGAGACAGCAGUCAGACCAGGAGCUGCAGACGCUGCGAUUUGAGCUUGAGGACGAGGGGAAAGCAAAGCUGGCGUCUCUUCGUGCAGAACUGAACCACCUCCAUGCUACCUCCAUAGAGCAUCUGAAGCAGAUCCACCUUAAAGACAACACUGCCGUCAAACGAGAGCUAGAGAAAGCUAUGGAGCACAGCCACCAGCAGGAACAAGAGCUCCUGGUUCGUAUCUCAGACCUGCAAGCAGAGCUGUGUUCCCGUAGCAACCGCAUCACCGAUCUGGACCAUGAGAUCCACUCUCUGAACGAGACCAUCGACACUCUGACCAGAGAGCUGGAGCUGAAGGGCAAAGAGGUGCUGCGGGUCCGCAGUGAAGCUAACCAUCAGAUAAGAGCCCAUGAACAAGACCUUUCAAAGAGACAUGAGAGGGACCUAGGGGAGCUAAGUGCAGUCCAUCACAGAGAAACACAAAUCAUGCUGGCUGACUUCAACAAGGCCCAGGAGGUCCUCAAAGACAAGAUUUCUGCUCUACAAAUACUCUUGGAGGGGACAGAGGAGAAGUUAAGGAACAGAGAAAGCCGACCAGAAGACCUGCAUGUUAUAGCGGAGCUCAGAGAGAUGGUCACCGAACGAGAAGCUCUGGUCAAAAAGCUGGUGGACGACAAGAAGUUCUACCAGUUGGAGUUGGUCAACAGAGAGACAGGGUUCAACAAGGUCUUCAAUUCCAGUGCCAAUGUUGGUGUAAUCAACCCUCUUAUCAAGUUAAAAAUAGGCAGCAAAUCAGAUCACCGCUUCACCAGCUUUCCUAGCCAGUCAGCUCUCCGAUUCGUCAGCCCUCCCACCAUGAGUCAUGAAGGAGAGGAAGAGGAGGGACAGGAGGAGGUAGGACCAGGAGGCCGCUUUGUGCCUCCUCACUCCCCCCUCCAGAGGUCCCUCCCCAGACUUAGGAAAGCCCUGCCACUGUUCAGCCCUCUUCCUCUUUCUCCUCUUCCUCAGCAUCCUCCUCCUCCUCCUCCUUCUCCUCAUCCUCCACAUCAUCCCAUCAUGCCAAGCCUUGCUCUUCCUCAUGCUCCUCAUCCUCAGGAAGCCCUGGUGCAGCAUCAGGGCCUACAGAGCUUUAGGAGCCUUCCUGAGGCCAAUGCUACAACACCAUCAGACCCGAGGGGAAUGGAGGCAGGAAAAAGCAAAGAAUACGUUGCAAAAGAAGAGGAGCUGUACGCCCAGUACUUCUCUUUCUGACCGGCAAAAAAAAAAUCCCAAUUCUAUCAAAAAAUGAAGUAAUGGGACAGAGAGCUAAAGUUGGACAGCAAUCAAACUGCAGGUUUUGAAAGUAAUUUGGGCGACAUUAAUAUCAAACUGCUAAUCACAGCACUCCCAUCAGUCAUGUACACUACUGAGAUUCCAGUGUGAUUGCAACCUUGGGGCUUCCAUAUAUGGUGAGCACGAUGAGUAGUGUGGCUUGUCAGUGCAUCAUCAUGAAAGUGUGCAUGGUAGCAGGAGGUGAGGCCAUAUAAACACAUUAGUUGUCAUUUGUCUCUUCAUUUACAACGUCAAAAAAUGACAUUAGGAGCUCUAAAGCUGCACUAGGCAACAUAAGUGGUGAGAGAUAAAUAUAAUCCUAAAAGUUUAAAGGACUUCAUUACCUAUGAAUUUCAUUUUUGAUGAGCCCAAAAGUCAAAGUCUAAAUGUAAAGGAAGAGGAAGAAAACUGAUGUGCAGCUACAGAAACUGCUUUGCAUAGAGGGGAAAUAUUAGCUUUGUGAUUGUAAUGACAAAUCAAAUUGUAGUCCACUGAUAAAAAGUAACUUCAUUCUGUAACGUUUAAAGUCAACAAAUCAAGAUUAGGGCUGUAUUAAUAGUCUUAACAAGAGAUAGCAGAAAUAUUGCAGUAUUAAAGGAUAAUUCUGAUAUAUUACAACAUGGGUGUUUGGACUUCUUUCUAUCAGUGAAAAUAGCAUUGUACUCACCAAGUUAACUGCUGAGAUAUGGGAACAUGGGGGCAUUGCUAAAGAGAAGUUUGACGGGUCACGAAACACGAGCAGUCAGACGAUCAGACAGGUUGGAAACAAACCCCCCCGGGUUAGUUAAACUCAUUUGGAAGAGAAAAUGAAGGCGAACAGUAAAAUGUCUGUUGGAAACAUCCAUCACAGUUUAUAAACCCUCUGCUUGCUUCAGCCUUGACCUACUGUACUGACCGUUGCUAUGCAACCACAGUUUUCCUGUACAGUGAGAGAUUAAUGAAUUGAAUUUUGUUUAAGUAAAAUCAAUCAAUACAAAUCUGUCCAGGUGAUCUAAUAAUAAUAAUCAACAGCCCCUUACUGAUAUAAGGCUUUCUUCCUGAACUCCCAUGCAUUCACUAAAUAAGUUGCUAAUUUGAAGGUCUCUUUUUCAAACAGUCAUUUCAGACGUCAUUCAUUUCCAUCAACUUAGUUGUAUUUCUUAAGUCAUUAUACCAAAGAUCAUGGAAUUUCCAGGAGAAAGGGCGGUAUUUAUCCCAGAUCACACACUGGACAAACAUGUUUCAGUAUGAAGAGACAGUAUACCUCUUACUGACAUUUCAGCUGCACUGACCUUGUUGUACCUAAAUCUGCUAAACUGUCAGAUCGUGUUCCUAGAUCUCAGCAAUUGCUUUGGUGAAUAAAAUUUUUUGUCAUAACUGAUAGAAAUGAUGGCCAAAACCUCCAAAAUAUAACCCAAGUUGUAAUAAAUCUGAAUGAUCCUUUAAGUAGCCACUGUCGGUAAGUACCCUUUCAGAAACAUUCUCAAACCUCCAUGAAGUUAUUGCCCUCAUGCACGAUGAUCUGUGCAGUGUUGCAGUGAGUAUAACGUGUGACACUAGUAACGUACUGUAGAUUAAGAGACGUUUUCAGCUCCAUAUAAGAGAAGUUUGUCUGUUUUUGUACAUCAACAUGUGUCUUACAAGCUGUAAUUUGACUGGAAGUGCUUUGAAAGUUCAGCCAGGACAAAGUGAUUCUUGCCUUGAUACUCGCCUUCAGUCUUUCAUGCUGUGGCCCCAUCUGCCGUGUAAAUACACACAUUCAAACAUGUAUUUGAGGAAAAAGGACAGAGCUAGCUGCUGAUUCUGGUUGUUUUUUUUUUUGGCCUCUACAGUACGAUGAACUGCAGUAUACCACAAUAACGACACCAGCAAAAAAAAAAAACUAACUUUAGCUUGCUGUCCCAGUGCUUUGAUUGUGUACAUACAGUAUAUGUUUGAAAGUCAUUUUCAAAUCUCUGAGCUAGCUGAGGGGCGCUUGAUUUACCAUUCCAGACACCUGAACAGUCUCAGGAGGGGAAACAUCAAGAGAAACUGAAUCAAGCACCCCUCAUAUUUUUAUUAUUCCAGUAUUUAUAAUGUAACAAGCUACUGUUUUUCUACGGUCUGUUUGUGAUGCCAGGGGACCAGAGACAUACAGAGAAAGAGUUCUGUAAGCGACAUGUAGACAUUGAUUGACUCCCAGAAACUUUUUUAAUGCCAAGGAGUGUUCAGUCAAACGCUUAAUUUCAUUACAAGGAGUUCAUGUCGGUGGCUGAACUCUUUUGCUACUUGUCUCUGCCUGUGGGGCAGGCCAUAGAGCAUGUGAAAACAGAAACACUAUCAUGAUGCUGCUGUCACUCACUUGAAAUCCUCAUAUCUUUUUGGUGUAAUGUCUGUUUUUAAACUUGACUUUAAAGUUUACAUAGUUCUUGUGCUGCGUCAUUUUCAUGACCCGAAGGUUCAUGAAGUCCCUUCAGUAACCUGUACAGUUUCCAAACUGCAUGGCCAUCAUCAGCCUGAAAGAGGCUCCGCUUCUUACGUUUUGAAAAGUGGAUAGAGAGACGUGAGGUUUGAGAGUUUACUUCCUCUCACACUGACAGCACGGGGGCCAUUCAGCAACAACACACACCUACUCAGUUACAUUACAGCAUGAAUCGAUGCUCAUCUUCAAUAACAGAAUCAAGCGAGGCCUCAGUGGUUCAGGGAGUGUUUGUAUUGUUUGCAUUCAUGGAUCAUACAAUAUACUAGACGCACCUUAAUAAUGCAAUCUAAUACAAUUGGAUACAGAAAGAAUUGAAUCACCUCCUCUCUGAUAAAGUCUCAACAAAUAUUAAAGCCUUUGUUGCUGGGCUCUUGUAUUGGAUUGCAUUGGACUGUUAUGUCUGUGUUUUCAUUCAGCCCCUGUAGAUGUUUCACAAAAGCACCUUUUAAGUGGUAUAACAUGCAAAAAAUACAUACUAAAUACUUCCAAAAAUAUAUUAAUUAGUUUAUUUUUUUACAUUUAGGUCCAAAAUCAACCAAAUUUUUGCAUUCUUGUUUUUAAAGGAACAGUGCCACAUUUUGGAAGUGAAUGUGUGUUUGCCCUCUCACCCAGAGCCACAUAAGAAGAUUGGUUUGAUUUUCAUUACAGAGAAACCACAACAAAGAACUUCAGCACACUAGAAUCUGCAGUUCAUACAAGCUUUCAGUCAGAUUUAUCCAUCUAGAUUGUUUUGGUAUGAGUUGCUGAAUUUUGGAGAUGUCGGCCGUAGAGAUGUCGGCAUUCUUUGAAUACAAUGGGACUAGGUGGCACUGGGCUUGUGGUGCUCAGAGCACCAAAAAAAUUCAUUUGAAAAACUCAACAGCAAUGUCUCUUUCCAGAAAUCACGACCCGGUUACUCAAGAUAAUCCACAGAUUUGUUGUGAGCAGUUUCAUGUAGGAACUAUUUUCUUUCUACCAAAAAAUUCAACCGAUAGUUCUUCCAUUAUAUAAAAAAAAAAUGCAGACAUCUCUACGGCCGAUGUCUCCAAAGCUCAGCAACUCACACCAAAACAAUGCAGAUGGAUGAAUAGUGCUACAGGUAAGAGGAAAAAUAUGGAUUUUGGGGUGAACUGUCCCUUUAAGGUUAAUUACUGGAAUGUCUUUGUGUACAUUUCAGUGUUCUUUCAGUCUGUUUGCCUUGUGUGCCUGAACAAAGUGACCGAAAGCUUGUCUGUAUUUACAGUGUGCACAUCCUAGUGUGUGGAAACCGACAUCAAUCUUCUCAUCUGACUGCGGGUAAGAUGACGAUCUAGCGUAUUGCUCCAAAUGAACUAAACUGUUUUGUCAAAGUAAAAAACGAAACACUUCCUGAAACCAGGUUGAGACAGGACCUCUAUAGCAGACAUGUCUGCAUUUGUGUCAUAUGGGAAAGACAGUAAAAAUGAAACAAAAUGAAUCAAACUUCUAUCAUGGCAUCCUAAUGUCCAACUGUACCCUUAUGACAUAAUGACAUUGAAGCUUUAGUUAUGCUGCAUGUCAUCAAUGCUGAUAGCAUAUUUAAUGGUUUAUUUGUAAAUAUUGACCUGUAAUGUGACAAGCCCCAGCAAAGAAAAUGGACCAAUAAAUACAAUAAAUCGUCUCUGGGAUCUUAGCCCCGACACUGAACCGCAGUUGGUUCAUUCCUCCAUGCGCACUGUGAAGAUUAUAUUUAUUCAAAUGACUAUGUUAAAUAUUGACAUUUAAAUUUAGACAUCUGCACCAGACAAUGCAGAAGUCUUUUCUUUCUUGUUAGUUUUUUUCUUAAUAAUACAUUUUCUCACAAUCACAUCCAAUUUUACUGCCACUCCUUUUAUUUCCCUGCUGAUGAUUGUCCAUGAUCAAAGUUCAUUCUUGAUCUUGGGAACAGUGGUUUAGGAAAAACAGUCUCACCAGAGGGUCCAUUUAGUACCGUAUCUGGUGCUCUUAUCAUCAUAUUACAUGAUCUUCAUCAUCCGCAGAUGGAGUUUGAUAACUUGAGUUUGACAUCUCGGAUCAUGAGAUUAGAAAGCUCCAGAACAGCUACUAAAUGGACCCUGUGGUGAGAUUGUUUAUUAUGAAUGAAGUUGUGUUUACUUGUUUGAAAUAGCAAAAAUGAAGAAUAUUUAUUUACUUAUCUGUUUUUUAGGUUUUUACAUAAUUGUUCCCAUUCACAUAUUUGUUUUUCUUUCUGUAGUAUUUGCUUAGUAAUUUAUGUAUUUGUUGUAUGUAUUGUUUAUCCGUCCCACGCCUUGUUUUAAAGGAGAAUACCACUCAGUUCAAGACGUUUCUUGGAGCCUGCCUCUUGUGGUCAUUAGCAGAACUGCAGGCAUUGCUAUCACAUGAUCUUUGUCCAUCGUUACCCCAAGGUUCAAGGAAGUCUUUUUGAAAUGUUGUAACUUUUCAAAAUGAAUGGGCAUUCAUGGGAAUAUCAACUGUUGUUUCUCAACACCUGACAGAGGAAACAUCUGGCAUCAGUGAACCAUAGAAACUGCAGCUUAUUAAAACAUUAAUUGUCUGUUUAGUUUUUUAUGUGACGAUCUACUGAUCAGGGCUCAGUUCACUUCACUUUCAACUCAGUUUUUCCAAAAUUGCAGAAAAACUGGAAGAGAAGAUUGCGGCAUCUAUACAUUUUAAGAAAUAAACUGAAAUAGUAAAUGUGUUGCAGUUUGUAUUUUGAACUGAGUUGAAAGUGAUUUGAUGUCACCCUUGUGACUUAUCAUUUAAUGAUGUCUGUCUUGCCAUUUUUGAAGUAAAAUAUAUAACAAUUAUAGCAACAACGAUAUUUAUUUAUAUUUAUAUCAUUUCUGUUGUAUGUUAUGGAACAGUAAAAUUAUGAUUGUGAGAUAAAGCCUUAUGUUGUGCUCCUUUUAGUGUAUGUGAGGAAUGUUGUGUUGUUGACUGACAGCUAGGCAUGGUAAGAAAAAAAUAAAUAGCCUAAAGCUUUUUAUAUAAUUAACAAACUAGGUAAAUAAUUUAACUUGCAGUUUUAUUUUGUUGUGUAUUUGGCGCCUUUGGGCCUCCAUACAAUAAUAUUUAGAAAUGUACCUCCUCUAUUCAUAUAAUAAUAACUUAAUUUGUAUAGCACUUUUCUAAAAACCAUGUUUUUAGAAACAGCAGCAAUACAGAAUAAAAUAAAGGUAAUAUAUGAGGUAAACAGAUACAGCUAAAAACAACAAUAAACAGAGAUACUUUUAAGAACACAUCAAAACAUUACAUACAAGUGUGUGCCAAAAAAAUAAAUACCACAAACACAAUACAGACAUUUCCUCGUGACCCCACACAAAUUAAAGAUGUGAGCUAAAGACCACAGCAGACCAGUAUUAAGUCUUUGGUCACUGCGUUUUGGUCUUGCCGCCAUAUUGGCUGCACUGCCCUGCUCUGUGGUUGUCAUAAAAGUAGCUUGAACUGUACACAGUGUCUGACACGUCUGCUGUUGUUACUAAAGAUGCAUUACAUGUAUGUAGCCAACACUUGGAUUAGUCUAAUAGGUACAGGGCCCUCUAGCUAAAUCAAAAGUAUUACCUUUCAUUGUAUAUUUAUUUAUAUUCUAAAAAUAAUUUACCCAAAAAUGUGAAUGUUUCUCUCUGUGAAAAUGUACCAUACCAGCACCUCUUAACUUGGACAACUCAAGCACAGAAAAGAGAAGAACUACCCCUGUGUCCCGCCCUAUCAGGAUCUUACCUUGGCUAGUUGUUAGGUAAAAAAAAUGUCAGGGAGCUCGCUGAUUGGCGGUCCCUUUAACGAAGCUACUUCAUUGAUAUGCAAUUAACCAAUCAUAUUUCACCAGUAAGAAGAGGGGAAUAGCGGUUUCUGCUAGCUAGAAAUUCUGAUGAAGCCAACAGAGGAAAGUGGUGGUAAUGCAGCUAGCUUUUUGGUGACAGCGCUUUAAUGACUGAACUAAAAUUACAAUUUUGUGCUGGUGAAAAAUGGAAGAUAUUUUGCCGGCUGGUGAAGGUUUGGAGAGCGUUUGCGAACUCCUCUUCUCCCAUUAAGGCAAAGUGGUGAGUCACUUUUAGCUAGUUUAUUAAGCAGCUACUUAAGUUAAUGGGUUUAUUUUUUCGUGUCAAGCCAGUAGGUCAUGGCUAUGUGUUUUCAGUAAUUUCUACAGUAAAAUAGCCUACAUUAGAGAGAUAAUUUAUUUAAUAGUCAUAUUCUGGUUAAUUGUUGUGUUUUUUUAGAGUGUGUUUCAUCAGUGAGAAAAGAUUGUGUGCAAUGUUGGCCAAAAAAUGUAUUUUGGUGCUAGCCGCACCUACUGUUUGUCUUAAUAUAUGCAGUCCGUUCACUAGUUAAGGUUACUGAGCCCUGAUCAGUAUCAGUAUGUACUGUAUCAAUCUGGAAAUACAGACAUUAAAGGAGGCAGCCUUUGAGUAGGUCUACAGCAGACAAAACUCCAGAAGAUGGCAGUAAUGCAACAAUAAUAAUAGCAGUUUCCCAAAAUAACAAGGCUGUUCCUAACUCAUGUUAAAUAUCCACUCAGCCCAACACUGGUUGUUGACCUUGAACCAGAUGAUUUGACAUAAAUUUUAUAUGCAAAACUUGCCCUUUAAUCUUGGGUGGCUCACCCAUAUUUAUAUAUUUAGGACCCAUGGAGGCAAGCUUACUCCAGUUCAGCUUUAGGCCCGUCUGAGCCCUUCCUAUCUAGACUGGCCUCGGGCCCAGCUUUGAUUAAAAUGUAUUCAAACUACUUUUUUUGAAUUUAUUAUUAUUAUUUAUUGUCUCAACGUUGCAAGCAACAUGAAUAAAAACUACAGUGGUGUUAUUGAAAAUGAUUAUGGACCUUCCCAACCCUUUCAUUGAUACUGUUGUUAAACUUGCAUUAAAUUGAGUUUUUUUGGCCACUUGGCGGCAGCAGAAACAAGCUAUAAACACAACAUUGACAUAUAAUUUUUUAAGUUGAUAUGGAGGAUGAAUGUAAUUCCAAUAUUCACUUUUCUUUUAGCCUGUUUUUUACUCCACAAACUCCUUCAUAUCUGGCUCUUUAGCUGCUGAAUGCUUCUUUUAGUUGCUAAAUAGUGUACAGUGGGUUGAAACUGCUGCGUCUGGAAAUUAGCCUUCAAAGACCCAUAGACUGGUCAGAUUAUCCUUUGAAGCUGGAUUCAGUGACUUGAACUAUAUAUUUACAUCCAUUAUGUCCAUAUUUUUAGAAAAUGUAAAAUUAGGAUGUGCAUUAAAUAAGUUUUCCACACCUUCAUCAAGAGAAACCACUUUUUAUUGACAUGCAAUUUCUUUGGUGUUCCACAGUUUAAAAGUCAGGUGGUACAAUCUUCCAAAGAUACAAAAAAGCACAAAACUGCAAAUAAUUUCACAAUCAUUUCUGAUCCCAAAUGUAAAUGUAAUUCACAUUUUUGCAUUUUCAAUCAUGGCAAAUAUAAUGAAGAUGUAUUAUAUGUAGAAGUUGUUAAAUUGUCCUCUCAAAAGCAAUGAUGCGAUUUUGUCAUUAUAUAUUAUUAUUUUUAUUUUCUACACUGUUGCUUCCACAACCAGGGCACUUGUGCUGUGAUUAACCAAAAAUGUCAGCACUAGUCAGUAAUAUUUUCAAUAACUAGACAGAAACAGAACUUAAAUGGCAUAAACAGAAAACGUUAUUGAGUGAAACCACACCAUGCAAAGUGAAGCUUUCUUCACAACUGAUAAACUGCACGUACUGUAUAUGUCAGGCCUGUAUCAGAGGUUGUGUGUGGUGUGCGUGUGUUUAAAGCUCUAACACUUCCAAACAGAUGUGCAUUGAUCUCUGAAGCCCAAGCAAAGUAGUCCAUACUUUACAAAGUGAAUUACACGGCUGAAAAGUUCAUGUAGCCCAUCAGAAACACCUGCAGGUAAGCUGCCUAAAGGUUGAAGAUACACUCAGUAUAUACUUCACAUACUUUAUAGGCCUACAGAAUGAUUUCUAAGUAUUAUAUAAAGUGUUAUGUUUAUAUUUGUUAAGCAAGAAUAAGUCACACUGAUCGGCUCGACAGGCGGCCACAUGACUGCCAUGAACCUACUUGGCAUUAAUUAGUUAACAUCAAUAAUCUUUACAUAAAUUCUGCCGUGUAGAUUCAACAGAUGCAUCAUAUUUGACUUUUCCAAUUCCCUUUGCCUUCUCCCAGAUAAUGUAAGAAUCCUAUAGGUUUAUGUUAUGGCUGUCCGUUUUUGUUAUUUCAACUUUUCUUUCUGAGGAAUCAUGUUUUAUUUGUCAGUUUGGCAUGGCGGAUGGCUGUAAAUACAACAAUACC